AUGCUUAUGUGGAGCAGACUCGUACUGGUUGGCGUCUUCUGCUUGUCCUUGGUGUCCUCCGCCAUGGGAUGCGGACCCGGCAGGGGCUACGGCAGGAGAAGACACCCCAAAAAGCUGACACCUCUCGCCUACAAGCAGUUCAUCCCCAACGUGGCGGAGAAGACCCUGGGGGCGAGCGGGAGAUAUGAAGGCAAGAUCACCAGAAACUCCGAGCGCUUUAAAGAACUGACUCCCAACUACAACACAGACAUCAUUUUCAAGGAUGAAGAGAACACCGGCGCAGACAGGCUCAUGACCCAGAGAUGUAAAGACAAGCUGAACUCACUGGCCAUCUCCGUCAUGAACCAGUGGCCAGGCGUGAAGCUGCGGGUCACGGAGGGCUGGGACGAGGACGGACACCACUUUGAAGAGUCUCUUCACUACGAGGGCAGAGCGGUGGACAUCACCACGUCAGACCGGGACAAGAGCAAGUACGGCACGCUGUCCAGGCUGGCAGUGGAGGCGGGAUUCGACUGGGUUUACUACGAGUCCAAAGCGCACAUCCACUGCUCUGUCAAAGCAGAAAACUCGGUGGCGGCCAAAUCCGGAGGCUGUUUUCCAGGAUCCUCUGCGGUGACGCUGGAGGACGGCAGUCAGAGGCGCGUGAGUGACCUGCGGCCCGGGGACCGCGUUCUGGCCGCGGACGCGCGCGGGAAGCUGCUCUACACAGACUUCAUCAUGUUCCUGGACCAGGACACGCGCACGCGCAGGAUGUUCUACGUGAUCGAGACGGACAGUGGUCAGAGAGUGACGCUGACCGCGGCGCACCUCCUCUUCAUCCACAACGCGUCUGUGCGCGCGAGUGCGGUGUUCGCCAGUGACGUGCGCGCGGGACAGCGCGUGUUCGUGCUGGACUCCACGCGUCAGCGGCUGGACGCCGUGCGGGUCAAACGGAUUUACACAGAGGAGCAGGAGGGCUCGUACGCCCCUCUCACGGUGCAGGGCAGCGUGGUGGUGGACCACGUGCUCACGUCAUGCUACGCGCUCAUACAAGACCACGAGCUCGCGCACUGGGCCAUGGCGCCGGUGCGGGGGGCUCACUGGCUCUGGUCCCGGCUGUGGGGCGUGGGCCGCGGGCCGCAGGAGGACGGGGUGCACUGGUACUCUGAGCUCUUGUUCCACUUAGGAACGUGGCUGUUGGACGGACACGCGCUGCACCCGCUGGGCAUGGUCACAGGGGCCACCGGGGCCGCAGGGGCCGCAGGGGCCCACAGUUGA